GAAAGAAAUCCCAUCUGCCUCAAAUGGAGAAAGAGAGAAAAGCCAUAGAGAGGGCAGAAAACGUCAGCGAUCAUGUAGCAAUAGAUACCAAUAGUGCAUGGUUGAAUUCCAUGAAUGAGAGGCUGACAGCCUCUAAUUCAAAUCCAUCUCCCAAAGAUUCAACCACCAUCUUCAGAGUUCCCCUACACAUCCGGCAAGCUGAUUCAGGCAAAACCUAUGAUCCCCAGAUCAUCUCCAUCGGCCCAUUUCACCUGUCCAACCAACAGCUACAAUCCAUGGAAGAGCACAAAUGGCGGUACCUACAAAACCUCCUCUCUCGAAGCCCAGAUAGUAGUCUGGAAGACUGCCUCUUGGAAAUGAAGGCCAUGGAAGCCCAGGCACGGAGCUGUUAUUCAGAAAGCAUCGAUAUUGGUAGCAACGAGUUCGUGGAGAUGAUGGUAAUCGAUGGUUGCUUCAUCAUCGAGCUCUUUCUCAAGCAGAAGGAGGCCAUUGGGGUGGACCCCAUUCAUCGGACAGCUUGGAUGCUGCCGCUUAUAGCCCAAGACAUGCUUCUCUUAGAAAACCAACUUCCUUUCUUCAUCCUACAGCGCUUGUUCGAACUUACUGUUGAAUCCACCCAUUCAUCUCUCAUCGAUCUCGCGUUUGAUUUUUACAGUCAUCUCUUUCAGAAGGAUGAUGGGUUGCACCAUUCAAAUCGAUCCAUCCAUCACCUACUCCAUUUAUUUCAGUCACAUCUACUCCCAUCUCCUCCAGAGGAAUUACACCACAACAGUUACUUUCGCCUCCCUAGCACACCAGCAGUGGCCCCACCACCACCGAGAUUGAUUCCUACGGCAACGGAACUCCAACUGGCUGGAGUUAGGUUCAAGAAGAACGACAAGGUGAGCAGCUUCUUGGACGUAAAAUUCAGUAAGGGGGUGAUGGAAAUCCCACUUUUAUCCAUCUACGGAUCCACUGAUCAGCUGCUUCGAAACUUCAUCGCCUUCGAGCAAUGUCUUCCUAUCACCGGAUCCCACAUCACUAGCUAUGCCAUCUUAAUGAAUUUCCUCAUUGAUACAUCCGCUGAUGUGGACUUACUCAACCAAAACAAGAUCAUCGAGCACAGUUUGGGCAGCAACGAUGAGGUAGCCCGUCUCUUCAAUCAGAUGUUGAAUGGCUUCGCCAUCGAUAUUGAAAACUGUUACCUUUCGGGUCUCUUCGAGGAGGUUAGGGCGUAUAGCGAGCAUGUUUGGCAUGCAUGGCGGGCUAGCAUGGUUCGUGACUAUUUCAGCAGUCCAUGGGCGAUUAUUUCAGUCAUAGCUGGCAUAUUCGCUUUCAUUCUCACCAUUACGAUGUCCUUCCUCGAAUUAUAUUCAUAUCGGAGCACCAAAGGCUUUACAGGGACUAUAUUCGGGCAGGGCCAACGGCACAAAAGCCUUCUUCAGUAUCUAUUCCUAUUUCAACCAGCGUGGUGUUAGUUCUAAUUCUGCUUUGAUUAAUAGUUUGGUCAAUAGCUACUCUAUGUAAUCUGAUCGUGAUUUUCUGUUUUAAUUAAGAUGGUUUAAUAAUUUAAGUAUGACAAAUUGCUUUGUCAA